AUGAUGCGACCACCAAUAAUUCUUCUCAAAGAAGGGACUGAAAAUAAGCAAGGCAAACAGCAGAUCAUUUCCAACAUCAAUGCUUGCCAGGUCGUAGCCGACAGUAUUCGCACUACUUUGGGUCCUAGAGGAUUGGAUAAACUGAUCGUUGACAGCAAAGGUAAGACGACUAUUUCUAACGAUGGCGCAACCAUCUUGAAACUUUUGGAUAUCGUUUUUCCUGCUGCCAAUGUCAUGGUCGAUAUUGCCAAAUCUCAAGACGCUGAAGUUGGUGAUGGAACCACAUCAGUUGUUGUGCUAGCCGCAGAAAUUCUCAAAAGGAUAAAGCCCUUCAUCGAGGACGGAGUUCAUCCGCAAUUACUUAUUCGUGCAAUAACUAGAGCAAGUGAAGAGGUCAGCAUUAUCGCUCUGUCCGAGUGUUGCGAAGAGGAACUUCGGGAAAUGCUGGUCAAAUGCGCAAUGACCACACUCAGCAGCAAACUUGUGAGUCAGGAGCGCAGAUUUUUUGCUGAGAUGGUUGUAGACGCAGUGAACAUCCUCGAUGAAUCCCUACCACUCAACAUGAUAGGAAUCAAGAAAGUUAGUGGUGGAAAUUUGAACGAGUCUCGUCUCGUCAAGGGUGUGGCCUUCCAAAAAGCUUUCAGCUACGCAGGGUUCGAAAUGCAGCCAAAACACUACAAGGACCCACUUGUUGCUUUACUUAAUAUCGAGCUGGAGUUGAAAGCAGAAAAAGAAAAUGCCGAAAUGCGUCUUACUACAGUCGAGGAUUUCCAGGCGGUAAGUAUAUUACGAACUGAGCAGAAAUUUGUUGAAAUUCGAGGAACAGUAAUGUGA